CAAACUCCAAAAUGCCAAACAUCUUCCUUACCGGCGCAAUCGGCUUCGUCGGCGGCGAAGUCCUCUACACCAUCACGAACACCCAUCCGGACUGGGAUGUGACCUGUCUCGUGCGGAGCAAAGCAAAGGGUGAAAAGGUGUCUGCUGCCCAUCCAUCAGCGAGCCUGGUUUAUGGUGAACAAGAUAGCAUCGAUCUACUCGAAGAUGAAGCAUCCAAAGCGGAUAUCGUUAUCCACGCAGCCGCGAGUGAUGAACAUGCCCCUUCUGCCAAGGCGAUUGUACGGGGAUUGCAGAGGAGACAGAGAGGAUAUUACAUCAACACAUCUGGUGGAUUAAGUCUAGCAACCGAGUCAAUCAGCACAGGGCGAUACGGCGAUCGAUUUGACAAAGUCUACGAUGACUGGGAGAAUGGGCAAGAGCUUCUUUCUCACCCUGAGCAUACACCACAUCGACAUGUUGACAGGAUCGUACUCGCUGCUGCGUCUAAUAGUCUGAAGACUGCGAUCAUCGCGCCGGCUGUUAUUUACGGAAAGGGAAGAUGGCCUGAUAAGAAGAAGUCUUUUCCUCUGUUUACUUCUUUCUUGAAACAUAGAAAGGUGUUUGCUGUUGGGAAAGGCGAGAAUAUCUGGCACUACAUCCAUGUCCAGGAUCUGGGCAAUAUUUACCUCCGUCUAGCUGAGGCUGCUGUGAAUAACAUCCCGGUCGGAUGGAAUGAGGAGGGCUACUAUCUGGCCGAGAAUGGGUAUUAUGUUGUGCGGGAGAUACUGCAGCUAGCUGCGAAGAUCAUGUAUGACAAGGGACUACUGGAUUCAGAGGAUGUUGAGCAUCUCUCUGCUGACGAGGCAGACAAGUUGAUGCCGUAUGCACGUAUUGUGCUUGGAGUGUGUUCGCGUGGAGUGGCAGUUCGAGCGAGAAAAUUGUUAGAUUGGAAGCCCUGCAUGCCGAGUUUUGAGGAUGAGAUGGGGGAAAGUAUUGAUAUUGAAGCAGUUGAUAUUGGAUGA